CAUCAAUCGUCCUCGUCUCACUUGAGGAAGUCUUAUGUUGACGACACCGCUGUGUACAGAUGUUGCCUACGGUACUUUUAGAAAAGUGUCCGGUAUGAAAGGGGAAAAGACUACUUCCUGAAAAUGGAAAUUUAAUCUUCAGGGACCAGGUAUCUGUGAGAGUCAACGCCCCCCUCCCCCGUUGGAGAGGUGACCGACCCCACCCAGCUUUUCCUGUCCCGUCCCUGCUCCCCCCACCAUGGAGCCCAAAAAGAAGGUGUUUGGCAACCUGAGGCAGAAGGCCAGGCCCCUCCUCAGCUACAUGCGGGGCGGCCGCAAGAGCCCCAGCAAGCCGGAGGUGCGUCCAGAAGGGGUGCUGGACCACAGGAUGAGCGCCUCGGUGCCGGACAUCCGGAACCUGCGCCACUCGUCCGGCGCCACGGACUCUGAGCUGGACAGCCCGCCCCAGAGCAGCCCCGGCACCCCGCUCUUCAGGCCGCAUUUCAGCCCCUCUCCUCUCUCGGCCUCGAGCGGGCGCAGCGUGCCGGACGGCCCCCGCAGGCCCACGGCCUGGGCGUCCACGGAGGUGAUCGGCGGCGGCGGCGGGUAUCCGGAGGAGCGGGUCUCCCUGAAGCGGCACGAGUCGCCGGAGAACGGGCCGCAGGCGGCAGCGCAUCACGGGGUCCGGCUCAGCACCGAGCUGCCCAGCGUGGAGGUGUCCGAGGACAAGAGUGAGAACCCGUUAGAACGAAAUGGCCAAGAGAUGCCGACAAUUAAGGACAUUGAUAAUAAUAGUUCCCUAGAUGUAGGAGGCGAGAGCCUGUAUCUCCCCGAGCACCUGCGCGACUCUCAGAAGACCUAUCUCCUCAACAUCACCCUCAAGGAGGGCAAGAACCUGGUCAUCAGAGACCGCUGCGGUACCAGUGACCCCUAUGUAAAAUUCAAAUUGGAUGGGAAGACACUAUACAAAAGUAAAGUGGUGUACAAGAACUUGAAUCCUGUUUGGAAUGAGAUUUUCGCCUUCCCUGUUCCCGACUUGGACCAGAAACUUUUUGUGAAGGUUUAUGAUCGAGACCUGGCAACAGACGACUUCAUGGGGUCCAGCAGUGUGGCCUUGGAUGAACUUGAACUUGAAAAAACGCACCAGAUGGAGUUGGACCUCAGCGACCCCAACAGCCUUGAAGAGGACAUGGGCGUGAUCGUCCUAGACAUCUGCUUAUCCCUGCGGGACGGGGAAAGCAAGAAGAACGCUAAGACGACACCAAAGAGGAAAAAAAGCUUGAGGUCGGGGCCGAGCCAGCAGACCAAGCGUCUGUCCGAGAGCCUGAAGAAAGGCCAGCUGUGGUGCGGCGUGUGGAGCAUCACCCUGGUGGAGGGCCAGGACAUGCCCGAGGAAGGCCCCGGAGACCUGUACGUGCGCUUCAGACUGGGCGAGCAGAAGUACAAGAGCAAGAACCAUUACAAAAAAGCCAGACCACAGUGGAGAGAGAGAUUUGACUUCAACCAAUUCCCAGAUGGGCCGUACAAUCUGGAGGUGGAAGUUUGGGCGAAAGAGAGUCGCAGAAACGAAGAGCGCUACGGAACGUGUGAGGUGGACCUGUCCAUUGUCUCCGUCAACCAGCCGCAAGUGUUCACGCGCACGCUGAACCAGGGGAGGGGCCGCGUCCUCUUUGUGGUCAAGCUGAACGUGUGCAGCGGGGUGUCCGUGUCCGACCUGGACGCAGCGCCCCUGGAGGACCUGGACGAGAGGGAGAACAUGCACAACAGAUACGCUUUCCGGAACUCUCUGAAAAACAUUAGGGAUGUGGGCUUCCUACAGGUCAAAGUCAUCAAGGCCACAGAUCUGUUGGCUGCAGAUCUGAAUGGAAAGAGUGACCCUUUCUGUGUGUUAGAACUGGGGAACGACCGGCUCCAAACACACACCAUCUACAAGACACUUUAUCCUGAGUGGAAUGAAGUAUUCACAUUUCCUGUUAAAGAUAUCCAUGACAUCUUGGAGGUGACCGUCUUUGAUGAGGAUGGGGACAAGGCUCCAGACUUUCUUGGAAAAAUGGCCAUUUCUUUGCUCUCAAUUCACAAUGGUCAGCAGAUAACCUGCGCAUUAAGGAAAGAGGAUUUAGGACGACCAUCAAAGGGGACGAUAUCACUAGAGCUGGACGUUUUCUUUAAUCCUAUCCGAGCCAGUAUCAGAACUUUCAACCCAAAAGAAAAGAAAUUCCAGGAGGACAAUCCCAAAUUUUCCAAAAAGAUCCUUACGCGGAAUGUCGUCCGUGUGCGGAAUCUCCUGCGGGCGAUCGUGAGCACCCAUCACUACGUCAAAAGCUGUUUCCAGUGGGAAAGCAUCCAGAGGAGUAUCAUUGCUUUUAUGGUGUUUGUGCUGACGGUGUGGUACUGGGAGUUCUACAUGCUGCCUUUCUACCUGGUCCUCCUCAUCGUGAGGAACUACCUCCAGAUAGCCUCCGUGACCGGCCACGACACGGAUAGUAUGGACCUAGGUGAUGAUGAAGAGGACGAUGAAAAG